GAGUGAGUGCGAGGCCCGCUCACAAUUUUGGCAUCAAAUUUUGAAAACCACCUACACUUUCACUCACUAGCGCGCUUCUCCUCCAAACUUCAAUUUCAUUUCGCGAUUCACCUUUCUCUCUCUUCUAAACCCCAAUCACAAUCACUUGAUUCGAUUCCUUCCAAUUCUAGGGUUUCUUUACCUACUAGGGUUCCCAAUUCAUUUCUUCAUUUCAUUUUCUUUCCCCCAAACAUGGCUACAGAAACCCUAGAAGAUAACAAGCCUCCCUUCCAAGACAAAGACGACGACCAUGCACCUCCCAAACCCCUACAGAACAAGCAAGCAAACGAAGCUGCAGAAGAACCCAAACCAGAAGAAGAAGGAGAAGCGGAGCGAGAUACGGUAAUUUCUCAGAAAGAUGCUCCCUCGGAAGUUGCGAAAUCCGAGGAUAAGAAUGUCGACGAGGAGGAAACAGGAGCAGGCAGUGAGGUAGAAGCGGAAGCGGAAGAGAAGGGAGAGGCCAACGAACACGACGACGCCGAGAAAGACGACGAGGAAGAGGUGGAGAAAGACGAGGAGGAGGAAGAAGAGAAGGACGAAGAGGAAGAUGAGAAGGAAGAAGCUGAAGAGAGUGAGAAAACCACUAAGGCAAAGGGGCGUCGAAAGAAGAAAGAAAAGGGAAGUAAGAAAGAAGCAGCAUCAGAGAAAAAAGGUGGAAAGGAUCCAGUUACGCCGGUGAGUGAGAGGCCAACGAGGGAGAGGAAAACGGUGGAGCGUUACUCAAUACCCUCGCCUGCUAAGUCUAGUAGGUCCUCAGCGAGUAAAGGUUUGACAAUUGAAAAGGGACGUGGUACGCAGCUUAAGGAUAUCCCAAACGUGGCUUUCAAGUUGUCAAAGAGAAAACCAGAUGAAAACCUGCAUAUGCUUCAUAGCUUACUGUUUGGGAAGAAAACAAAGGCACACAAUUUAAAGAGAAAUAUAGGGCAGUUUUCUGGUUAUGUGUGGACUGAAAAUGAGGAAAAACAGAGGGCCAAGGUAAAGGAGAGGAUUGACAAAUGUGUGAAAGAAAAGUUGAUGGACUUCUGUGAUAUUCUUAAUAUUCCAAUAAACAAAACCAACGUGAAGAAGGAGGAACUGUCUGCAAAGUUGUUGGAGUUUUUGGAGUCCCCUCAUGCUACAACUGAUGUUCUGCUUGCUGAUAAAGAGCAGAAAGGUAAAAAGCGAACCAGAAAGGCAACCCCUAGUAAAUCUCCUGGGGAAGCAUCUAUGGAAACACCUGCCAAGAAGCAAAAGCAAACUUCACAAUCUGGGAAAAAGCGAAAGCAGUCUUCUGAUGUUGAGGAGGAUGAUAAAGCUGAACUUUCGGAUGCAAAAGAUGAGUCUCAGGAAGAUGAAGAUGUUGCGGUGCCAAAAUAUGUAAGUGAUGAUGAGGAAAGUAAAUCAGAGGAAGAGGAGGAUAAAUCAAAGGCUCACAAGCAUACUUCCAAAAAGAUUGUGAAGGAGGGCUCAGUGGCCAAAGCUGGAGAUGGAACCACAUCUGUCAAGAAGACCUCUGCAAAAGCUACCAAGAGCAGUGAAAAAACUCCUAAAAAAUCAAGUUCAAAAAAGAUUGUUACUGACCAUGACAGUGCUUCUGCCUCCGUUUCUAAGUCAAAGCAAACUGCAUCCAAGAAACAGAAAACUGUCAGAGAAAAGGAGAACACUAAGGGAAAGACUGCAAGCAAAAAACAAACAGACAAGUCCUCAAAGGCUUUGGUUAAGGAUCAAGGGAAAGGUAAAAGUAGUAAGAAGGCCAAGCCAGAACCUAGUAGGGAGGACAUGCAUGCAGUAGUUGUUGAUAUUCUGAAGGAAGUAGAUUUCAAUACUGCAACUUUGUCUGAUAUCCUCAGGCAACUUGGUACUCACUUUGGUGUGGAUUUAAUGCAUAGAAAAGCUGAGGUGAAGGAUAUAAUUACAGAUGUAAUUAAUAACAUGUCUGAUGAGGAAGGAGAGGAAGCUGAGAAUGAUGGUGAUGGCGAUGCAGAUAAAGAUGAAGAUGAUGGGGAUGGUGAUGAUGAUGCGUGAUUUUUAUUGGGCAAAUAAUUUUCGAUCUGUGCAGAAGUUAGAGGCAUGUGGGUCGUUCAGUAGUUAGAUUUUGUCUUAGUGAUUCUCCUGUCAGCUGUCUCCGGAUUAAGCUAUGGUAGAUAUUUGGUUGUGUCCUUUUUCGUGAUAGAUGCUCUAAACUAGGUUUGUACUUUGUACCAUAUUAGAUUUAACCCGCUCCUCUGUAUUACUGAUGUGACCUUUUAUUUCCCAUUGAAUAGUUUGUUUAUUUACCUGCCUGUAAACACUAUUGCCUUCUAAUUUAGAUCAA